AGGCACCUUGGCCGCAGCGCAUCCCAACACUGUGCCCAGUCGGAGUCCAGUGCUCGCCCCGAACGCACCGAGGAACAACCUUUCGCUUAGCGCACGCUACCAACACACAACACACAAGCCAUGGCUAACCGCGGACCCGCCUACGGACUCAGCGCCCAAGUCCAGAACAAGAUCGCUGGCAAGCGUGACCCAGCUCUGGAGGAGAGCAUCAUUCAGUGGAUGAGCGCCAUCCUUGGUCAGCCCCUGCCCAACGGUGACUUCGGUGACAUCCUCCGCGACGGCGUCGUCCUCUGCAACCUGAUGAACAAGCUGAUGCCCGGUUGCAUCCCCAAGAUCAACACCUCCGGUGGACAGUUCAAGCUUAUGGAGAACAUCACCCACUUCCAGAACGCCGCCAAGGCCUGGGGCGUGCCCGAAAUCGACGUCUUCCAGACCGUUGACCUGUGGGAGAAGAGGAACAUCCCCCAGGUUGCACAGUGCCUGAUGGCCGUUGGCCGCGCUUGCUACAUGCACCCCGAGUACCGGGGACCCUGCCUGGGACCCAAGCCCGCCGAGGAGCAGAAGCGCGAAUGGACGCAGGAGCAGCUGCGUGCCGGUGAAGGCAUCAUCAACCUGCAGUACGGCUCCAACAAGGGCGCCACCCAGAGCGGCCAGAACUUCGGCAACACCCGGCACAUGGAGGGUUUCAGGAGCCCUGGACGGCGGUGGGUCUUAGUCGUGGUCUGCCCCGGCUCCUCACUGCCGUCACCGUCUACCCACCGCUGUGGUCAAUUGCCCCUCGCGCUUUCCUUGCCUCGGCUGCUGCUGCUGCUGCUGCUGCUGCUGCCCAGUGUGGUCGUCAUGGCUUACCGUGGUCCGGCGUACGGUCUUAGCGCGCAGAUCGCAAGCAAGAUUGCAUCGAAACGUGAUCCCGAACUGGAAUCUCAGAUCUUGGACUGGAUCGAAGAGGUGCUUGAACAGCGGCUACCCCAGGCACCAUACGAAGAAGUUCUUCGGGAUGGCGUCGUACUAUGCAAGCUUAUGAACGCCCUGAACCCGGGCAGCAUUCCAAAGAUCAACACCACUGGUGGCCAGUUCAAGAAGAUGGAGAACAUCGUGAUGUUCCAGAAUGCGGCCAAGAACUGGGGCGUGCCUGAUGUCGACGUCUUCCAGACUGUUGACCUCUGGGAGCGCAGGAACAUCCCGCAGGUCUCGCAGUGCAUUCUAGCACUGGGACGAGCGUGCUACCUGCACCCGGAGUACCAGGGACCUUGCCUGGGACCCAAGCCGGCCGAGGAGAACAAGAGGCACUUCAGCGAACAGCAGCUGAGGGCAGGAGAAGGCAUCAUCAACCUCCAGUACGGCACAAACAAGGGCGCCAACGCGAGCGGCAUCAACUUCGGCAACACGAGACACAUGUAA